CUUUCCUUUCGUUUUCCGAUAUAAGUAAUGCAGUACUUUUUGUGAUAAGGAAGUCCGAAUCUAACUUUUCAACAUGAGAGUAAUGCACUACUAUUUGUGUGCCUUGUUUGUGUUUUAUUCAGAACAAGUUACAGGCGAAGAGCUUAACUCGUAUAUUAAGUUUAAACUGAAGAUAAUUGACGAAAUUAUCCACAAUCUCUUAGAACAGUUAUCAAAAGAAAACCAUAUUAAUAUCACCCCCGAAUAUGAAAUUAUUCCAAAUGUUGUUGCUAAAUAUAAGGAUUGUACUGAGAUAAAAAAUAGCGGGGUUAGUAAAUCGGGCAUUUACGAGAUAUGGCCUUUGAAUGGCACAACUCAACUUAAUUUCAAUGUAUAUUGCGACAUGGAAACUGACGGAGGAGGAUGGACGGUGUUUCAGAGAAGAGGCGAUUUUGGACAUCCUCAAAAUUAUUUCUUAAAAAAUUGGACGGAAUACUCACGAGGAUUUGGAAAUUUGGAUGAAGAUUUCUGGUUAGGUAAUGAGAAAUUGCACGUUCUAACCAACCAAGGUAGUUAUUCCCUUAGAGUUGAUAUGAAAGACACAGAAGGAAAUAGUCGAUACGCUCAAUAUAAGCAGUUCAAAAUUGGAAAUAACCAACAAAUGUUUCAGCUGCAUGUUUCGGGAUACAGCGGAAAUGCUGGUGAUUCAUUAACACUGCAUCAUAAUGGAAUAAAAUUUAGUACUUUUGAUAAAGACAACGACGAAUCUCCAAAUAAUUGUGCCAAUCGCUACAAAGGUGGUUGGUGGUAUAACAAAUGCUUCGAUUCAAAUUUGAACGGUCUGUACUUGAAUGGCCCUCAUGAUUCAUUUGGCGAUGGAGUGGAAUGGUACAAUUGGAAAGGUUUAUUUUAUUCGUUGCCAUUCGCAGAAAUGAAGAUUCGACGUGACGUAACGAUAAAUGAUAUUACAUUGCAGACCGACAUGUUUUUAUGCUUAAAUAUAAAAUUAUUAAUGUUUUAUUUCAUUUUCUAUAUAAGAGUAGAAUUUGUUAUGGAUUAACAUAUUCGAUAUCAGUGUUUGUAUUAUUAAAUAUACUAUAAUUAAAAUAAAUACAUAGUCUUCUAAUGCUUAUUUAUUACGUACAUGUGCAAGUUUUAGAACGUUUAGAUUCUUUGUUAAUGAAUGUUGC